CCAGUCAUCGUACAAUUGGUUGUACCUUCUCGAAGGAAAGAUUGUUGUUGCUGCAUUCUUUUUGCUCUUUCUUGUUUCCUUCAUUGCAUGUGAGCAUCGAUCUGUUUUUGUGUAAAGAAGCGUAGUGGCAGCAAGUUGGCGAGGAAGUAAGUACAAUGUGCAGAUGACAAACAUGGCAUUUGAUUACAGAAAUAGGGAAUAUAGACUGUACAUCAUAUAUGCCAGACAGAGAGUAUCUUCUCAAUUAAUUAUUAAGUGAGAAAGUUUGCUUUCUAGAUUGUCUGCAAGAAGAGAUUUGUGACGUGCUAUUGUAUUCAUAUGCUGAAUAUCUACAUGACUGGCUGUUUCAUAUAACUGAUUUAAUUAAUUGAUGUUGAUGUUCUCCUAAAACAUGGAGCGAGUCCCCAACAUGAGAGUAAGUCGGAAGGAUCACCACUGGAGAUUGCCAAGGAACAUGGUUGCAGUGAUGUGGUUGAGCUGAUGGAAGAAGCCAUAAGAUCAAAGACACCAAAGAGAGAGGAGCUCGUAGCUACAGUGAUGUUACUGAAAAGACAGUUGGCAGAGAAAGACGUGCAAUUACAAUCAAAAAGCAAAGAAGUGGCAGAUAAAGACAGGAAGGUGGCAUCUUUGAAAGCACGAUUGGCAAGAAUCAGAGACGUAGCUAAUGUUGAGAGUGAUGAGGUUGUGGAAGAUGAUGUGACUGCAGCCAGAGUUCAAUCUACUGCUAGCUCGAGUGCUCAGUCAACAGAGAAUGAUCAUAGAUGUGAUCCGUAUUCUUGUCGAGUUCUACGGGCAAUUCAAGGAGUUGGCUCUACCAGAUGGUAUCCACUCGGUCGUGAUUGUGAUGAAACACCAGAUCACCUGAACAAAUUCACUGUUCAUGUCAACGAUUGUGAUAAAGUUCAAGCUUUAUUUGAUGUGAUGGCACAGAAAGUAGGAGAAAAACAAGCAGCAGACAAACUACUUGACACUUGCAAAAACAUACAAAGCCCAAUAUAUGCGUCAGUCAAAGAAGCAAUGGAUAAAAUGUAAUUUGGGAAGGUGUUUUUGAAUUGCAUAUUAAUAGUGUUGUUGUAGUUAAAUGUCCACAAUUGUGAUUUGUUGUCAUUUUUAAUCCGAACGUAGCAGUCUAGUGAUGUGUGUGUGUGUGUGUGUGUGUGUGUGUGUGUGUGUGUGUGUGUGUGUGUGUGUGUGUUGAAAAAUUAGACACGAUGCUCUAUUACAACGAUGCACCAGAACGAAACUCUUCUCGA